GGAUCAGACAUAGAAGCAAACAUGAUCAAGUUCGUUGUAUUAGCACUCGCUGUGGCUGUAGCUUCUGCUACACCAAAAAUGCUUCCUCGUUUGGAUGGAAGGAUCGUCGGUGGAAAGGAAACAACCAUCGAACAAUACCCAUACCAACUAUCUCUUCAGUACUACGGAAGCCACAUCUGCGGCGCUUCCAUCAUCAGCAACAAGUACGUUGUCACCGCUGCUCACUGCACCGAUGGAUCUUCGGCUUCCUCCUUGAGCAUCCGCGCUGGAUCAUCGAUCCGUAACUCCGGUGGAGUUGUCAUCGCCGUCAAGAAGAUCCACCAAAAUCCAAAAUAUAACUCUAGAACCAUCGACUACGAUAUCUCCGUUAUGGAACUCGUCAGCCCAUUGUCCUUCGGAAGCGGAAUCCAAACAGUUUCUUUGCCAAAGAACGGUGAAGCCGCCACUGUAGGAGCUGAUGCUAUCUGCACCGGCUGGGGUACCACCAGCGAAGGAGGUUCUCUUCCAUCCAAACUUCAAACCGUUACCGUUAAGGUAGUUUCCACCAAGGAAUGUAGCGAUGCUUAUGGAGUUGGUGAAAUCACUGACCGUAUGAUCUGCGCUGGAGUUGGAGGUGGCAAGGAUGCCUGCCAAGGUGACUCUGGUGGUCCAUUGGUCUCUGGUGGAAAACUCGUUGGUAUCGUUUCCUGGGGUUACGGAUGCGCUCGUCCAUCUCAUCCAGGAGUUUACUCUCGCGUUUCCAACCUUCGCGAAUACAUCACCCAGACCGCUGGUAUCUAAAUCCGAAAAUAUAUCUCCUUUGAAUAAAUUAUACGAAUAACUAAAUAUACUUCUUAAUGAAAAUCUA